AGAACCCUAUAGACACAAUGGAACGCAUAUUUGAAGCAGGUUGUCUCCCAAAGUCGACAGGACCUGGAGAAGAGGCAUAAUUUUCAUCAUGGCGGACGGAAAGCCCUGGUUUUACACAAUACGAAAACACAGGAAAAAAUCAAUUGCUGAUGCCCUUUUUGCUGGAUGGUUGAUGAAUUAUGGAGCUAAUAAGUACAGAGAGUACAUGAUAAGGAGAGAACUAUGCCAUGAAGCAAAGGCUUUUGGUGACCAAACAUUGCCAUCAUUAAGAAAACCCAGGAGACUGACCUUGGUUUUCAAUCCAGCUUCUGGAAGUAGCAGUGCAGAGACUUUGUUGAAGAAAAAUGCAGAACCAAUUCUUCAUAUAGCAGGGCUCGACGUUACCAUUGUUAAGACAGAUUACGAAGGACAAAUUAAAACCCUGAUGCAAUACAUUGAUCCUAAAACAGAUGGCAUUAUUGUUGCCGGAGGAGAUGGCACACUACUUGAGGUUGUGACUGGGCUGCUUAGAAGAAGUGAUCAGGAAGAAAUUUCUAAGAUUCCCAUUGGAGUUAUUCCCCUUGGGGCUCAUAAUUCUCUCUGUAACUGGAUCUUUGCAAAUAAAAAUGCUAUGGAAGCCAGGACAAUUGGAAAUGCAACAUUGGCAAUUGUUAAGGGAUACAUUAAACCAGUGGAUGUUAUGGAAAUUAAGGGUGCUGAAGGUCGUUCCACAUUUGCAAUGACGGUAUUUACAAAUAACUGUAUUAUUGCCUUGAUCCCUUAUUUGAUAAGAAGAUUUUGGAUUGUGGGCCCAUUCAGAAGAAAACUUUCCUAUCUUGUGGCAGCUAUGAAGGACUGGCCUCCUUUCAUUGAUACAAUACUAUCAUACCCAACAAGUCAGUCAGUACAAGACAUGUCAAUAGACAUUCCAUCAAGUUCACAGCAAGGAGCUACGUCCCACAGUUUUGCAACUGCUAACUGUGACAGCCUCAACCAGUCACCAGUCAGGUGUCUUGACAAUGAAGGAAGUUGCGGCACCAUCAGUAAUGGAUGGAUUACCAGUUCUAUCCAAACAUUUGGCUUGUCUGUGGAGCCAUAUAGGAUUGAAGAUUACCUGACUUCUGAUGGUUUCCUUAGAGUAGAUGUCUGGCCAUCAGAGCUCACUAAGACUGAGUUCAUUCAGAGUGGGUGGAAGAUGGAAAAAGAGGAAAAGCAACAUAAAUUCCAGACGGAUGAGUCACAGAGAUGCAAAUCUUUGAGGGUAAAACAGCUAAAAUUGGAACCAAAAGAUGAAAAGCUGUCAUGGUUUUCAAUUGAUGGGGAGCCAUUUGAAGCGAAAGCAAUAACAAUAACACCUCUUCCAAACAAACUUCACUUCUUCUUCAAUCCACACAAGAUUCAGAGUUGAGCUGCAGUGUUUGUAGAUGUGCUUGGUAAAGAGAAAUGGUUAUGAGUGAAUGCCUUCCUUUUGUCAAAUGUUAUUGUUGAUAAGUAAAUGUAAAUAGGUAUUCUGAAAAUAACUUGCCAGGAAUUCAUUGCUUGAAAUAAAUAUUGUUACAGAGAAAAGUGGCCCUGAUAAAUGUGGCAAAAUGAUUUAAGACAUGCUUUGCAGAAAAACUUGACUUUUUACAAAUCAUAAACUCACUUAGAUUGGUCUAAAAAUACAAUUCUAGCAAACAUUUAUCUAGCAAGGGGCUGACAUGUUGCAAGUAUCUGCCAGAAACUCCCAAAGCUUCUAUCUCUGUGAGUUUCUUUACAUUCAUCUUUUCAGGUUUACAUUUGAUUAUUUGUGUAUUUCUUGUUACAUACACCUUAGUUGAUGGUUCAACAUAUAAUACGGGCAGGAGGUGCAUUCAGGGAUUGAAAAAGUAGGUGCCGAGAUGAGCAAAAUGUCCGUUCCUAUUAAAUGUCAAACUACUCAAUAAGGGAUUCAUUAUUCCUCUUUAUUUUCUAGUUUUUAAACUGCAUCGUUUUGAUACGACGUUACCUGAGAGUGAUAUUGGUCGCAUAAAGUGCAUGCGAAAGAAGAAUAAAAUGCAAACCAAACCAUUUUUUUGUCAUGGACACAUACUAUAAAAGUGUCCUUCAUGUUGAAUAAAAACGGUUACAAUGUG